AUGUCCGUCGGCCAGCCAUUGGAUGCUGAAACGGCGGCGCUGGUCGCCGAGCUGCGCCAGCUGAAGGCCGAGCUGCUCGCGGAUGGGAACCUGCUGAAGGAGUUGAAACGAUGCGGAACUUCCAUUUUCCAGCGAGAGGAACCUCCGGUCCGAUUUGGUCCGAUCGAGCAUCGCCACCAGGGCCGGCUGCCGACCGACACGCUGCGCAACCUGGAUCACGUCCUGGAGUACGAGGCCGACUCCCAGGAGAAGGUGCGCCAGAAUGCGGUGAAGCUCCGGCUGAUGGCCCACGAGCUCCUCCUGCGCACCAUCAUGAACGAGCGGGUGGCCGUUCGGGAGCUCGCCUCGCAGGAGGCACAGUUCGAGCGCGACUGCAACGAUGCGAUUAGGGCCCGGAAGCUGCUGGCGGAUGAGGUGGAGCGGAUGGCGCGGCAGUGCGAGGGCGGAAUGCUGAAGAAGAGGGACCUGUACAACGUAUUGUUGCACAUUGUAUCUGGCAUUGAGAACCAACUUCAGGAGCUCGAGUCGAUGCACAGUGAGCAGGAGGAGCUCGACGCCGAGAUCCGGCCCAUUGAGACCGCCAUCUUCCGCAUGAAGCUGUCGGCGCAGCACAUUGGCGCGCCUGUGAACAUUGGAUACAGUGGUGCCGUCGCCUCGGUCAGCGCCCCGGCCUUCUCCAUGUCGGCAGCCUGGGACUCGGAGGAGCUGAUCAUCGACCCGCUGGGCGGCCGCGACGCGCCCCCCCUGCUGAGCCCCUCCAUCCGCUCGAUGCUGGACGCCGCGCCUAAGCAGCCACGCGGCCGUACUGUCAGCCCUUGGCGCAUCGCCCGCGCCGCCACCAGCCCGGUUGGACAUCAGGGCGCUCAGGGCGGUCAGUGGGCCCGUUCGCCCGGCUGCCGUCCGGUCGCGUCGCGUGACGCGAUGCAGAGUCUCCUUGGCACCCUGCAGCAGCAGGAAGUGGCCUCGACGUCGCGCGACCGUGCCGUCAGCCCGGUCCAGAUUCGCGGCCCCGCCAGCUCGCUCGGUCAGCAAGGGGUUCAGCGGCGGCCGGCCGUUCGUCCCGGAAAUGACGCGAUGCAGAGCCUCCUCCGCACCCUCCAGCAGCAGCAACAGCCCGCCGGCACUGCAGCCCCCCGCGCCAUCAGCCCGGUCGGCCAGGUCCCGUCGGCUACUUGCCAGGCCGGCACGUCAACCCGCCGCCCAGCCGGAAGCCCGUCCCGUCGCAUCGCUAGCCCCACGCGCGACGCCAUGCAGAACCUCAUCGCCCUGCUGCAGCCGAUCCAGAACCUGCAGCACGAGCCGGAAGCCGGAGGACAGAAGCCAGAACGGGGCCCGAACUCCGGCCAGCGCGCCACUGGCUCUGGUGCCCCGCUCGAGCGCUGGAUCAUUGAGAAAAAGACCUCGUCCGUAGCGCUGAAGUGCCCUUCCGAAGUGCAGCGCCAGACGUCGGUGACGGCCCUCGACGUCUCGCCGCGCGAGCAGCCGCCCACGACGCCGCAGGGCGCCGCGCUGCGCCAGCCGGUCACCCCCCAGGGUUCCUCGUUGGCCCCGGCGCGCUCGCCGCAGACGACCACGCAGCGCUCGUUGUACACCAGCAUUUCGUCGCCGCAGCUCAGCGCGCGCACCGGCAGCUCGACGACCACGGUGGAGAACGUCCUGUCGACCACCACCGUCACGACGACCACCACCAGCCUGCUCGGCGACGGCGGCAAGCCGAGCGCUUUUGAGAAGGUGGUGCCGCACUUCUCCACCCUCAAACCAUCAUUUUUCCAGUGGUUCGGCACACUGAGCGUCGACCAGCGCCGCGCGUUCUACCGCGCCAUGGACCCGCCGAAGAAGCGC